UCUUCAGUUUUUCAUUGCAAGCGAGAACUAGUCUGUUAGAAAAAACUGUUUGCCGAAAAACUGAAUAUCAGCUGCUUUAAUUAAAGGUGAUCUGCAGCCAUGCCUGAAUUACUGAAUGGGACCACGGUCAAUGGCACCCAUGGGGUGGUUCCCCACUCCCCAGUACAGGAGCCAGAGUACGGGGAAUACCGGAGUGUGAUUGAGCGCAUUAACCAGAGAAUCCAGUCCGGGGACCCCUUCUAUUCCCUCGAGUUCUUCCCUCCCAGGACAGCUAAUGGAGCAGUCAAUCUUGUUAGCAGGAUAGAGAGGAUGAGUGAGGGUGGCCCCCUGUUUUGUGAUAUUACGUGGCACCCUGCAGGUGACCCCGGGAACACAGAGAAACCCACGAGCUCCACGUGUAUGGCGGUCACCAUGCUGAACUACUGCGGAGUAGAGACGAUGCUUCACAUCACGUGUAGUAAUCAGGACGAGGAAGAUAUAAAGAGGAACCUGAAGAAAGCCAAAGACAUGGGACUGAAGAACCUGUUAGCUCUCAGAGGGGAUCCCCCUGAUGGUGGACUAACAUGGACAAAACAGGAGGAUGGACUGAACUAUGCCACAGAUCUUGUCAAACUGAUCCGAAAGGAACAUGGGGACCACUUCACCAUCUGUGUGGCUGGGUACCCAACUGGACAUCCCGAGUGUACUUCAUAUGCGGAAGAUCUUCGUCAUCUGAAGGAAAAAGUGGAUGCAGGAGCAGACUUCAUUAUAACACAGCUGUUUUUCAAAGCAGAGACUUUCUUUCAAUUUGUUCGUGAUUGUAGAGAGAUAGGAAUUACCUGUCCAAUUAUACCAGGUGUUCUUCCUAUUCAGGCAUACCAGUCCCUCAGGCACAUAGUGAAAUUGUCCCGAUUAGAAGUACCAAAGGAGAUUCUGGAUGCCAUUGAACCCAUUAAAGACAAUGAUGAAGCAAUCAGAAACUAUGGUGUGGAACAAGCAUUCCAGAUGUGUCGUGAACUUCUCAAACACGAGGACAUUCACGGUGUUCACUUCUACACACUCAACAGGGAAGUAGCCACCAUUGAAAUCCUCAAAAGACUCGGUAUGUGGGUGGAGGAGCCAUGUAAACCAUUACCAUGGAAACAGACUGCGAAUUAUUCACGCUGUAAGGAGGAUGUGCGACCGAUCUUCUGGCGAUCUCGACCAAAGAGUUACAUUUAUAGAACUUCAAACUGGGAUGAGUUUCCCAAUGGUCGCUGGGGGAACUCCUCAGCAGCUUCUUUUGGUGAUCUCACAGACUAUUACUUAUUUUACUUGAAGCAUAAACCUCCCAAAGAGGACCUCCUCAAAAUGUGGGGAGAGGAACUGAACUCGGAGCAGGAUGUGUGGGAUGUGUUUCAGAAUUACAUAUCUGGAUGUUCCAAUAAGGAUGGGGUCAAGGUGCGUUCUAUGCCAUGGAAUGAUGAUGAAUUGUCACCAGAGACAGGUUUCAUCAAGGAACAGCUCGAAGCCAUCAACAAACGUGGAGUUCUCACCAUCAACUCUCAGCCCAAUGUCAACGGAGCUCCUUCCUCAGACAGCAAAUUGGGCUGGGGGUCACCCAAUGGCUACAUCUACCAAAAGGCUUACUUGGAAUUCUUCACAUCUAAAGAAAAUGGUAUUGCUCUGAAGAAAAUACUGAAAAACUUUCCCAUGGUCAAUUAUCAUAUAGUGGACAAGAGCGGUGAGGCAGACUACACAAACUGUGAUCUGACGACUCCUAUAGCAGUCACGUGGGGAGUGUUCCCUGGUAAAGAGAUUAUACAACCUACAGUGGUGGAUCCUAUUGCCUUCAAAACAUGGAAGGAUGAAGCCUUUGAACUGUGGAAACACCCCUGGGGUGACCUGUACCCUGAAGGCUCACAGUCCAGAAAAAUCAUCGACCACAUUUUUAACAGUUACUACUUAGUUAACUUAGUGGACAAUGACUUUCCAAAGGAAUCUUGUCUGUGGAGAAUUGUAGAACAAAUGCUGGAGGAGGGUAAACGUACAACUUCUACUCCCGAACAGAUGGAAGUUAAUGUAUAAUAAUAAGACAGAACAAAAUGAAGAGUGUUUGAAUAGAUUGGGCAUAAUCUAAAUCCGUGACAAAGAUUAUUUCAUCUUGUUAUAAAUGUUUGCUCUGUGGUCAAAAUUAUUUUCUUGUAUUUCAAAAUACAAUUACUGACCAUGUGAACUCAAGUUAUUUUGUGCUUGUUAAACUUGGAAAUCUACUUAAUAAUAUAUUGGAACACUUUUUAUGUUUACUAAACCCAGUAUUAGAAACUGAUUGUCAGUGUAUUUUAACAUGGACUAGAAUGGUGAUAUGUAAGAAUACAGUUAUGAUUUGAGUAAAAACGGCAUAUUUAUAUUAUCUUGGAUUUGAAAGUUAAAAAGUUCAUAUCGCUAUUUUAUAUGAUUGUUUCUGUUCUUUGAUAUAAUAUGUUUUGACUUUUUUACAUGUUCAUUAAUAUUGUAAUAGGUGGUUUUAGCAUUGAGAUGAUUAAAGCAAGUUAUUUCCUCAUGACCGCCAUAUUGUAGGUCAACAUUCCCAGAUCCCUUCAUAAUUCAACCAAGUUCAAUUUGUUAUAAUGGGUACUGAGGUAAAGAUAAUACUAUUUUUCUUAUGAAUUUACAUUUGUUAAUGCUUCUUUUAAUUCAUAAUUUCAAGAUUUUAAUUAUUUUUCCCAUAUAUUUCUGGCAUGAAUGUUUAAAAUUGGUUGCUCAAAGAGAAAAAAAUCACUAUAUCCUACAAAAUGGUGGCCAAAGGGAAUAACUGAGAGGCAACAUAUACGAAAACCAUCUAUAAAGAGUUGUUUUAUGGAAUUUUUAAUUUCCUUACAAGUUCAUCUCAAGAAUUUAUUGUACCGAUCGAGUAAAGGAAAUGGUCCUAGCGUGAUCAGGUGGAUUUAUGGAACUUUCAAUAUUUAUUGUAAAAAUUAAGUGUGAUUAUUUGUCCUUUAUGUGUUUUCAUAAUUCUGAUUAGUAAUUUGGGCAACCAAUUGCUAUAUAAUAAAGUGAUAUUUUGCUAGAUGAUCUUUUAUUUUACAGACAAACUUGUCUAUAAUCAUGGCAACCCUUCAUCCUGACCGUAGAAAGCUAGGUUAAAGAAUAUUUUAAAAAGUUAAAUUGACUGAAGAGGACUAUAAGUUGGAUACAAUUUUGGAAUACAUACCACCCUGAUCAUACAAGUUUUACUGCACACUGUAUAAAUCUAAGUACAGUGAAACACGCUUAAUAUAGCCAAGAAAUUUUUAAUGAAUUGAUGCUUACAGUGAAGUGAUUACCAUUCCGCGUGGGCUUAAAGCAUAUUGUAAGCUUACUGAUACAAUGAAAUCGUGUUUCACUGUAUGUGAGGGUGAUAGUUGAGAUUUUCUUUUAUGUGUGAGUAAACUACAUAACAGUCUUCUACUUGCCAACAUUUUAGACUAUUUAUUAGUUAAUUUUGUCUUGCAGCUUAAAAUAUGUGCAAUUUAAUGCAAAUAAAUUGUUGCUUUGUUAAUUUCUCUUCAGAGAAUUUCGGUGAAAUACUCUAGUAUUGAAGUGAAUACUUCCUCUGCACCUCCGUACAGAUGUAAAAAAUAGAGAUCCACUGCAUUUUAUAAAGAACUGCAUCGUAGAUGUAGCAAUAAGUUUCUCUGUAUUGUGUUAGUUUUAUAUACAUGUAAAUGUAUUUAUUAAGUGGACAAUUUUGUAAGAUAUAAAUGUUGUUUGUAUUACACAUGCUGUUUUAUUAUAAUACUUUAAUGUAAAAAAAAAUCAGAUGUAUUAAAGGAUUGGAAACGUUUCAUUUUGA